AUGACACCCACGUCGCAGCUUUGUCAAUCAGAUCUAUUCAAAAAACGCUCAGAGGUCCUCAGCCGCGAGGCUCGAGUGGAUCUUUCAUACGAGAGGGCCAAAGCCAUUGGUUUAACACUCGGCAUCACUCUUCAUGAUAUUUUGCAUCUAACGCAAAAAUUUUGGGACAUGCACACCGACCCAAUCAUGGUCCUAGAUGGGGCCGCCUCCACGCUGCUGACCAUCCAGUACAAUCUGGUUGCAGGAACGCUUGCCAAAUAUGCUGCGACUACUAGACCUGACUUGGUCUCCCUCGUCGAGGACAUUCUUCGAUGGAAUGUCAGUGGCCAAUUCUGCCUUACCGAGCUGGGGAGAGGCCUAGAUAUCUUCCGAAUGAAGACAUCAGCGACACUUCUCCCAACAGGUGAAUUCGAUCUUCAUACGCCGUUGCCCUCGGAUGCCAAGUUCAUGCCACCAACCGUGCCAGUGAUAGGUCUUCCUUGUGUCGCCAUUGUUUUCGCACAACUGUUGCUACCACCUAGAGGAGGCUCGUCCCCCGUCAACCAUGCACUCACAAGCUUCAAUCACGUCCGCUUACCGCCUUCGGCCCUGCUCGGGGACCUCGCCAAGUCCAACACAAUCCAUCGUGACUUCAUGUCGUCUAUAUGGCGCGUUGCGGUUGGGUCGCUAGCGAUUGGCUCAAUUGCAAUACCUAAUCUCCAGGUGGCAUCGUACAUCGCUGCACGUUACUUUCAGCGUCGUCAUGUCACCAGCGUGUAUGGAAAUCCUUCACCCAUAAUUUCAUACCGGACGCAACAGCUCCCUUUACUACAUGCCAUCGCUCAGGCGUCCGUUCUAGGAGCGCUUUACAAAUGGGGCAUCGAGCGGUUCAUGGACAAGGAUCUUGAUGUUCGUGUGCGGCAUGGCAUCGCGGCUUGUUGUAAAGCAGUCAUGAUUCAACAUGGACAAGUUGCAAAUUACGCACUGUCUGAAAGACUCGGAGCCCAAGGCCUCUUCGAAUAUAAUCGGCUGUCCAACCUUUACAGUGAGAUAAGGGGAGUUAGUAUCGCUGAAGGUGACAUUUUAGGACUUUCUAUGCGACUCGUGACGGAUACACUGGCGCAAACCUACAAGUUGCCUCUCUCGACGCACCCAGACGGGCCCCUUGCAUUGCACGAAAUCUCGUUAUUCGACGAGGCAACCGAGACGGUUUCCUCAUCCGAUUUCAUGCAAGCGUUUAUGCAAUAUGUGCAGCCGCGCUGCCAGCUGAUGGUAGAGUCUAUGGGAUACCGCAUGGCCUAUGAUGCCGCCGUCGACCAAGGGGUUCCCCAAUAUCUCGUCGAUCUGUAUCUCAUCAACGCGAUCAAGACAGAUGCCGCGUGGUAUGUAGAACGCGGCAUGUUUACGCGGAAGGCCAUCGUGCAUAUGGAGGAUGCUGCUUUGUCGGCAGCUUUACCUCGCCUGGACGAGUUGCUUGCUGUGAUGGAGGUUGAGCCAUACGUAUCGUCACCCAUCAUAUCGGAUAAGUGCUGGGAGGAAUUUAGAAAGACGUUGCCUGUCUAUAGCUCCCCUCAGGCUGAUGUGCCUGCGCAGCCGGCUUUGGCUUUGGAGCGAGCUUACCUCUGA